UGUUUGCACCAUGAUAAGAGUGAAAGACAAGAGGGGGGAGAGAGUGGGGAAGAAAUCUGACGUGCAGUGGGCAUCAGGGAGCCCAAGCAAAAUCAUUUUCAGGGAACUUUCUAGAAAGGUGCUGGCUGAGAGAUGACAGCUUCCAGAGCCUUCUUCAGACUUCGACUUCUCCUUCUCCAGAAUGUUCUCCACCGCAAAAUUAAGACCCUCCUCCUGGCUCUGCUGUCCUUGUCUUUUUUUCUUCACACCUUUGUAAUGCUCUCCCCUCUUAUGAAACCUCUGGAGAGGUCAGAUUGCCCUGAAAGAAACACACUCCGACCAGCACAGGUGCCUUCGGAUCCAACAGGCCGGAGGGGUCAGGUCUCUCCACACCUCAGAGUGCUGCAGGACUUCAGUGGCUCAUCAAACAAGUCUUCUAUGGAUGCAUCCAACACCAAGCAGGAUAUUCUCAAAGCUGGCAGUAGACAAGGUCAGCCCACUGUAUCAAAAAUGGCAGCCCUGUUCAGGCAUCCACUCUACAACACAGCCCUACCAGAACUGACAGACGACGACUGGCUUCUGCGUUUAAAAUCUGGUGCCAUGUUCAACGAAAAAGACAGCAACAGCCAGGAAUGGGUGAGCGAUGAGCACGGUUUCGACCUUAUCAAAUGGAAUAGGAGCGUCGAAUCUCACCCUCCCUGGCUACGAUUCCACCUGGGCAUCAACCGCUACGAGCUGUACUCCCGCCACGACUCCAAUGUGGACAUCUUGUUAAAGCAGCUGGUGACUCAGAAAAUCGUGAGUGCAGUUCAGAAGCCCGGCGGCACUCAACUCAAGCUGGUCAUGUCUUUUCCAAACUACGGCCAGGCCCUCUUCAAACCAAUGAAGCAGACCCGGGACCAAGAAACUCCAGCAGACUUCUUUUACUUCUCUGACUUUGAGAGGCACAAUUCUGAAAUUGCAGCCUUCCAUUUAGACAGAAUUUUAGAUUUCCGGAGGAUACCCCCUACAGUUGGACGCCCGAUUAAUAUAACUUCCGAAAUUUGGGACAUCACCAGUGACCGCAAACUGGCCCGCACCUUUUACAUCUCACCAGCCAACAACGUGUGCUUCUACGGCGAGUGCUCGUACUACUGCUCCACCGAGCACGCCAUUUGUGGCCGUCCCCACUUGCUGGAGGCGUCUCUUGCGGCGUUCCUGCCCGACCUGUCCAUCGCUAAACGAAGGAGCUGGAGGAGUCCCUGGAGGCGAUCGUACAACAAGCACAAGAAGGCCGAGUGGGAGACAAAUCCAGAUUAUUGUGCAACUGUCAAAAAUACGCCCCCUUACAACAAGGGCACAAGGCUUGUGGACCUGAUUGACUUAACCAUUUUGGACUUCCUCAUGGGUAACUUAGACCGACAUCAUUAUGAGACGUUUGAACGAUUUGGAAAUGAAACAUUUCUUAUCCAUUUGGAUAAUGGCAGAGGGUUUGGUCGGCACUCCCAUGAUGAGCUUUCCAUAUUGGCUCCGCUACGGCAAUGCUGCAGAAUCAAGCGAUCCACCUACCAUCGCCUGCGUCUGCUGUCCCAGGAGGAGUACCGGCUGAGUGAUGUGCUUCGUGAGUCCCUGUCCAGGGACCCCCUGACACCUGUGCUGUCAGAGCCCCAUCUGUUAGCCCUAGACAGAAGACUGAAGAUCAUCUUGCAGAUGAUCAGCGGUUGUAUGAAGGCUCAUUCUCGGGGUGUUGUGUACGAUGACCUGACACCACCGCGCAGGAGUGGACAAUGACACGGCCCCGUGAAAUCGGAGAGCUGAAAUGUGGGCUGUAGGUCAAGCAUCAGCUGUUGUGUGAAUUAAUUGAGAUGCCUCAACAAAUGGUUAUUGUUGCAAACAAAGUGAGGGGUGGGUGCCAUUGUAGAACUCAUACAUAAAAAUGGUCAGAUUUUCCUUUUCUAGAAAUUUCAGCUGUUAACAUCCAUUGUUCUCCUGACAAUCCAAAUUCAAAAAGAUAAAUGUAGGACUUCUUUAAAUUCAGUUGGGAUGCAGCAGUUUCCAGCAGCUCUACCCAUUAGGAGGGUGUUUGGAUAUGUAAGGAGGACAACUACAUGCCAAAAUAAGGUCAAGCUUUAUUUUUCAUUGGAUGGACAGUUGACCCUUUUGGAUGGACACUAUUGCCAUACCCAUACUCCAAAUACCAACUCAGCUGCUAUCAUUUUAGACUAACUGCGAUCCAUCUCUUACAGCUAAUUCCAAUCAUCAUCGUCAGCGAUAACACGUCUCGAUCAAGGUGCUAUAACACACAAUAAGCUGUUUAGGAAGAGCUUCACACCGGGACACACGCUGUUCCAAACUCCUUCUUUCUUCUAAUGGAUCUCUCAUAUCCGGUGGAGUGGCACAGUCCAAAGACUUGCUGUUGCGACAAGCCAAAAAUCAUCACAAGAGUGUUUGUAGUUCAGAAGUAAUCCCCACCUUGUGUCCAAAGCUGCAGUAGACAGAGUCGUUCAAUUACACUCUUAAAAGUGUCAGAGUGGUUCUGCAGAGCAAUGCCAUAGGGGAGCCAUUUUUGAUUCCCAAAAGACCCAUCCACACGAAGGUUUCAGAAAGAACCAUGUAUUUAUUUAGAUUUGUAACAGGCUCCAUACAGUAAAUCACCAUGAACAGAUGGUAACAGAUUGGUGAAAUACCAGUGGGUCAAGGUAUUAAAAGGAGUCUUGAGCCAUACGAUAACACAGGCUUCCUUAAUCUGUUGGUUGUCCUGCUAGAUAGCCUACCAUACAUGAAAGAUUUCAGUUUUUUGUUUUUUAAAUAUAAGACUUUUUUCAAAGCAUAAAGAACCAACUUCAUAAUAACCCAUCCCAAAAUUACUGUAUAUACUCACGUAUAAGUCGGGUCUUGAAACCCAAAAAAUCGAUCAUAAAAUCAGACCCCCGACUUAUACGCCCGUUCAAAAAUACGACAUCUACAUUUCCUCCAAUCUCGCACCUGUUUCUCAGAUGCAUUGCAUUUUGUUGCAGCAGUGGAGUUACCAAUUUCUUUCACCACUUCAACAACUUUUAAUUUAAAACCAGGUUCAUAUUUUCUUCUGAAUGACCGCUCCAUCAUAGAUCCAGUCAUAUGAAAAAGUUUGGGAACCCCUCUUAACAAUAAAGAUAACAGUGGUAUGUCUUUCAUUUCUUAGGAACAUCUGAGUGCUGCGGUGUUUUCCGAACAAAGAUUUUUAGUGAGGCAGUAUUUAGUUGUAUGAAAUUAAAUCAAAUGUGAAAAACUGGUUGUGCAAACAUUUGGGUCCCCUUGUCAUUUUGCUGAUUUAAAUGCCUGUCACUGCUCAAUGCUGAUUACUUGGUUGGAUGAGCUCCUUAAGCCUUGAACUUCAUAGACAGGUGUGUCCAAUCAUGAGCUAUAAAGGUGUUUAAGGUGGUCAAUUGCAAGUUGUGCUUCCCUUUGACUCUCCUCUGAAGAGUGACAGCAUGGGAUCCUCAAAGCAACUCUCCAAAGAUCUGAAAACAAAGAUUGUUCAGUCUCAUGGUUUAGAGGAAGGCUACAAAAAGCUAUCUCAGAGGUUUAAACUGUCAGUUUCAAGUGUAAGAAAUGUCAUCAGGAAAUGGAAGGCCACAGGCACAGUUACUGUUAAACACAGCAGGUCUGGCAGGCCAAGAAAAAUACAGGAGUGGCAUAUGAGCAGGAUUGUGAGAAUGGUUACAGACAACCCACAGAUCACCUCCAAAGACCUGCAAGAACAUCUUGUUGCAGGUGGUGUAUCUGUACAUCAUUCUAGAAUUCAGCGCAAUUUGCACAAAGAACAUCUGUAUGGCAGGGUGAUGAGAAAGAAGCCCUUUCUGCACUCACCCCACAAACAGAGUCGCUUGUUGUAUGCCAAUGCUCAUUUAGACAAGCCAGAUUAAUUUUGGAACAAAGUGCUUUGGACUGAUGAGACAAAAAUGGAGUUAUUUGGUCAGAACAAAAAGCGCUUUGCAUGGCAGAAGAAGAACACCGCAUUCCAUGAAAAAGACCUGCUACCUACUGUCAAAUUUGGUGGAGGUUCCAUCAUGCUGUGGGGCUGUGUGGCUAGUUCAGGGACUGUGGCCCUUGUUAAAGUCGAGGGUCAGAUGAAUUCAACCCAAUAUCAACAAACUCUUCAGGAUAAUGUUCAAGUAUCAGUCACAAAGUUGAAGUUACGCAGGGGUUGGAUAUUCCAACAAGACAAUGACCCAAAACACAGUUGGAAAUCUACAAAGGCAUUCAUGCAGAGGGAGAAGUACAAUGUUCUGGAAUGGCCGUCACAGUCCCCUGACUUGAAUAUCAUCAAAAAUCUAUGGGAUGAUUUGAAGCAGACUGUCCAUGCUCAGCAGGUGUCAAAUUUAACUGAACUGGAGAGAUUUUGUAUGGAAGAAUAGUCAAAAAUACCUCCAUCCAGAAUCCAGACACUCAUCAAAGGCAAUAGGAGGACAGCGUCUAGAGGCUGUUAGAUUAGCAAAAGGAGGCUCAACUAAGUAUUGAUGUCAUAUCUCUGUUGCCCACAUUUAUGCACCUGUCUAAUUUUGUUAUGAUGCAUAUUGCAUAUUUUCUGUUAAUCCAAUAAACUUAAUGUCACUGCUGAAAUACUACUGUUUCCAUAAGGCAUGUCGUAUAUUAAAAGGAAGUUGCUACUUUCAAAGCUCAGCCAAUGAGAAACACAAAUCCAAAGAAUUAAGAGGGGUUCCCAAACUUUAUCAUGUGACUGUAAGGGAUGCUCUUAUGAUAAAGGUGUAUGAGGGUGUGAGAUACAAAGAACACAAAACAGUGCAAACGUCACUUCGGAGUAUUUCGGGUCAUUACCGUAUGGUCACGUAGGCACAAUACAUAGAAAGAAAAUAAGGCCGUGUGCUCCGUGGUUUCUCUCUCAGGUGGACGUUAGCAUAUCCUAAUCUCUUGGACCAAUAGCGUGAGUUUUCCGCAUUCGAAUUAUAUAACCGACAUUAUAAAAUACCAGAAAUUAUACGGUUUACCUGCAGGAGAACUUAAAACAUGAGUAUAUACAGUAAAUGGUUCUUUGUCAAGAAAUAGUUCCAUGAGGAACCACGCAACCCAGUAAAGAACCAUAAAAUGCCAUUAAAGAACCAGCAUUUUUAAGAGUGUACCUGAGAAACUGGACAGAAAAUCAAAGGAUGGAUAUUUGGUUAAUGGUGCAGCGGGUAACACCCUGCUUCAUCUGGUAAUUUGUGUGCCCUCUUUGUUGACGUUGCACAAUCUCUAGGUUGUCGUGUUGAAGUUUUUAUUGUGUGUGCACAUUAUGCUUUAUUUCUAUUCUUAUUAAAAAUCAGGGACUGUUGAUGAUGCGGUAAUUAGCUCUGUCUCUUGUGGAAUGAGUGCCUCCUCUCUUGUGGCAGACCCACUUUUUUGGAGCCUUGAAGCUUAAACUGUUAUGGGAGUCCCUUCACAAUCAGUGACAAGGUCUGGGUAACGACUGUUAUCUUCUUCGAUGGGGUUGCUCCAUGACAGACCACCACAAUUUUUUUUAAAAAAUGUAAGUAUUGCAGGUCAGAUUUUGAUUAAUAUUGCUGUACUGAACUGCAGUAUAUUAUUAAUAGUAUUUUCUAAAAAACCUUCUCAUACAUUGUGAAUUUCCCAUUGGGAUUAAUAAAGUAUCUAUCUAUCUAUCUAUCUAUCUAUCUAUCUAUCUAUCUAUCUAUCUAUCUAUCUAUCUAUCUAUCUAUCUAUCUAUCUAUCUAUCUAUCAUCUACAGUAGACACCUAAAAUUUGUAAGGUAUGUGGACUAAAGUGACUUCUGGGAUUAGAGAACUUGAAGUGUCAGCAUCAUUAGUUUCAUAGUAGAUCUGCCCCUUGUACCCCGUGAUUCUAAAUUGAAGUUAGUGUAUUUGACAAUGUCAGUCAAUUAUUUAAAAAGCAAUUUGUUGUUUUUUCUUCUUUGCCUUCCCUCCAAAUCUGUGAGUUUGAUUUUUUCCCUACAUUUUCUGUAUAUUGUUUUUCAUUGAUUCUUCUUUUUUUUGUGUGUGUGUAAUUACUGAAAUUCUUUAUAUAGAAAUUUUUUCUUUUUCUAAGUUUAGUUCCAUCCAGAAUUUGUGUAUUACUUUUCGAUACAGUUCUUGAUCUUUGGUUUCGUUUAAUAAUCCACAGCCGAUUACCAUAAAGUUCUCAAUUUAUGUGUCUUGUUAGGCUCAGGUUGUCAAAGAAAAAUUCAUCUCAUAGUGUUAUUAAACUGAUCAAAACAU